GUUCUUUCCCCGGUCCGGCAGCUGAGGCUCGGCGCUCGGGUUACCCCUGCAGCGACGCCCCCUGGUCCCACCGGUACCGCUGCUGCUCCCGCCCCUUCGCUCCCCGGCCGCGCAAUGGGCACCCGCGACGACGAGUACGACUAUCUCUUCAAAGUUGUCCUUAUUGGAGAUUCUGGUGUUGGAAAGAGUAAUCUCUUGUCUCGAUUUACUCGAAAUGAGUUUAAUCUCGAAAGUAAGAGCACCAUUGGAGUAGAGUUUGCAACAAGAAGCAUCCAGGUUGAUGGGAAAACAAUAAAGGCACAGAUAUGGGACACGGCAGGGCAGGAGCGAUACCGAGCUAUAACAUCAGCAUAUUAUCGUGGAGCUGUAGGUGCCUUACUGGUUUAUGACAUUGCUAAGCAUCUCACAUAUGAAAAUGUAGAACGAUGGCUGAAAGAACUGAGAGAUCAUGCUGAUAGUAACAUUGUUAUCAUGCUUGUGGGCAAUAAGAGUGAUUUGCGUCAUCUCAGGGCAGUUCCUACAGAUGAAGCAAGAGCUUUUGCAGAAAAGAAUGGUUUGUCAUUCAUUGAGACUUCCGCUCUAGACUCUACAAAUGUAGAAGCUGCUUUUCAGACAAUUCUGACAGAGAUAUACCGCAUUGUUUCCCAGAAACAAAUGUCAGACAGACGUGAAAAUGACAUGUCUCCAAGCAACAAUGUGGUUCCUAUUCAUGUUCCACCAACCACUGAAAACAAGCCAAAGGUGCAGUGCUGUCAGAACAUAUAAGGCAUUUCUCUUCUCCCCUAGAAGGCUGUGUAUAGUCCAUUUCCCAGGUCUGAGAUUUAAAUAUAUUUGUAAUUCUUGUGGUCACUUUGUGUUUUAUUACUUCCUCAUACUUAUGAAUUUUCCCAUGUCUUAAGUCUUUUGAUUUUAGCUUUAUAAAAUCAUCCACUUGUCCCGAAUGACUGCAGCUUUUUUUCAUGCUAUGGCUUCACUAGCCUUAGUUUAAUAAACUGAAUGUUUGGAUUCCUCA